AUGGCUCUUGUCGCUCCACCCAUCCUUAGUGAUGAGGCGCUUGAGCAAAUGAGCCGAGAGGAGCUCCUUGAGCAUCUCCGCAAGUUGCAGCAAAGUGUAUUUGUGCUCAAUAAUAGUAAUAAUAACAAUAAUAAUACUUCUGCUAACAGUACGACUGAUGAGCGGCGUCAACGUCAGUCGCGACGGCAUAGUAGUAUACAAAUGUUGUUGGACCCCCUUUCGGAAAACAAUUUGGCACAACAAGGCCAUCAUCGACCGACUAGACUGCAAUGGCGAGCCAAUGAAGACAGUGGGACUGCGCAUAAUCAGCGAUUAUCUACAUCUAUGCCGGAUGAUACGGUUUCAUUAAAUGGAUGUGGAAAUGCUACAUCUAUUCUCAGUCUUCUUAGCGGUGGGGCAUCGGGGCAAUUAUCAACACUUCCAGCUGCUAUUCCUGUAGGACCACUCAUGCAUUUUGCACCUCGACCAUCAUGUGAUGUACGAUCAUUCUCUGUCAGUAAUGCUAGUAUGACGGCUUUAGCACCAGCACGAUUGACAGAUAAGCUUAAUGUUGUUCGUAAUGAGGCAGGUACCAAGUGUAUUAAUAAUUAUCAGAUAAUAAAGGAGUUGGGAAGAGGCAGUUGUGGUAAAGUACAAUUAGCCUAUGAUGUGGAGAAUACCAGUCUUGUAGCCAUAAAGCAGGUAAGACGUGUUGAUACAAGAAUAAGGGUAGGUGGUCAAACAACUGCACAAAUGCAAUUUCAUGCCUUUCAACGGGAAAUAGCCGUAAUGAAAAAACUUCGACACAAAAACAUCGUUCCACUUUAUGAAGUAAUAGAUGAUCCAAAUGCGAAAAAAGUUUAUCUUGUGAUGAUGUAUGUUGAUAGAGGACCUAUUGCACGUAUCAAAUGUGACCCUUCUGGUGAUCUUUCUUCAGAGGUUUGUACUCCUAUACCUAAAGGGUUAUUAGCUUCUUAUGCCCGUCAAAUUCUUUCUGGUUUAGAAUACCUGCACAAUCACAAGGUGGUUCAUCGUGAUAUUAAACCUGAAAAUAUUUUAGUAAAUAGAAAUGGACAGGCUUACUUAUCUGAUUUUGGUGUUUCUGAAGUAUUUGAUAAUAAUGCCCGUGAACGGUUGGAACAUAUGAUGCAAGAAAGUAUGGCAGCAAGUAGAACUUUUGGUGGAAAUCAGUAUGGAGCAACUAUUCAAGGAACCAAAGGUACUAUGUUAUUUAUUGCCCCAGAGUUAUGGCGAGGUGAUAGAUCGUUUGCGAAGCCAGUUGAUAUGUGGGCUUUUGGAGUUACAUUAUAUAUUCUCCUUACUGGCAAGCUACCUUUCUGCACCUUGGAUGAUAUUAUGGAUCCAGCACUUCCUGAGAUUCCAACAACGUAUGGAAUAGAAUGGGCAAGUCUUCUUCGUGGAUUGCUAAAUCGUGACCCUAACAAACGUCUCAGUGUAACGGAUGCCCGUGCCAUGUUUAAAAAAAUAGAAAGAAAAAAGGAUAUGAGCAAUAAUCCUUUGCAAUGUAAAGGCUUGAGUGUUACAGAGGAUGAAGUCUCACAUGCAUUAACACUCGCACAGAAACAGAAGGAUGAAAAUGAUGUAGAGUGGCUAUUAGGCCAACACGGCAGUCUUGAUGAUAUUGAGGUGGACGAGGAAGAAGAUGUUGGUAUCGGCUAUGGUCUACCGUGUGUCAUUUCCCCACAUGAUAAGAGGAUCGCCCGUGGAGUUACCCCGGAGCGAUUAGAGAAUGGAGAGAGAAGCAGAAAAACAUCACCCUCCGCUCCCAGGACUCACACAUCAUCUCCGUCCAUCUCACCACGACCAGAACGCUCACCCAUUGCCUUCAACACCACCAAUUGUUUUGCUCUCAAGGCAAAUGGCGGCUCAACACCGCCGCUGGAUACCAGAGAAGAUUCGCAGCAGAAUUUCAGUGCCCCUCCGCAAGUGCACCUCGCGAAAAUAUCACCCACACGAUCGCCGAGUCGAGUCACUCCCGAAGCGCAGACCAAUUCUCUGCCAACACCUCCACUGGAUGAGAUCAGUACACCAACGCAGGCGGAUAGUGCUCCCUGCCCAAUACUCUCAGAGAAGGGGGAUUUGGAGGAUGCAGGGGAGAAGCUGAAGAGUAAGACUGCUAGGGGUGGUAUCUUCGCAUCUCUGCGGAAUGCCCUCAUGUUUUCACGGUCGAAGAAGUCGAAGAAAAAUGAACAAAAUGCCCUAGAAGAAGAUGAAUAG